UCAUACCGACCGCGAGUGACGCGUAGCACACAGCUCUGUAGUUUUCUGUCUGCAUUGUUUCUAUUCAGUGACAGCCGGAACAUGGAGCGCAUGAAGACAGGCGCCGCAUGGGUUAUGCUGCUUUUGGUUGCAUUGACUGAAGCCAAUGUCCCAACUGGCCUGGAUUUAAAGCUGCUGAAGGCUUUGACGAGCAGUCUGAACAAGAACCAGGCCGUCGCUCCGUUCGUCAUAUCCUCACUGAUGACGCAGGUCUGGCUUGGAGCCAGGGGCGACACCAGAAACGAGAUGACACCAGUCCUGGGUAUAGAGACAAGCAAGGGAUAUUGCUUUUUGAAGGGCUACAUGCAUGCAGUCGAAGAACUCUCCAGCGGCAUUAGUAAUGUCACUACCGGCGUCUUCAAUCGUAUUUACUUGAGAGAUAACUUCAACGUCAAGUCGAGAUUUAAGCUCCUCCUGCGCCAAUUCUACAGUGCAGAUGUCAAGAAGUUUUCUUCGGCGACGCUGGCGGCGAAUGAAAUAAACGCCGACGUGGCUAAGGUUACAAGAAAACGCAUCCAGAAACUAGUCCAAGCAAGUGCUCUGCAAAACGCGGCUCUGGUCCUGGUCAGCGCAUUGUACUUCAAGGGCCUGUGGCUGACUCCGUUCGACAAGACCGUGAAGGAGCCGUUCCUCACGGCCUCAGGGGACAAGCAGGUCGACAUGAUGAAGCUUGAAACCCGAGUGCCGUAUGUAAAGAUGUCUAGUUUUGAUGCGAUCGCCUUGCCGUACACGGACAAAAACUAUGUUAUGCUGAUUUUGCGUCCACUGACACGUAACAUGGCUGCCGUUUCACGUCUAAGGGACGAUCUCGAUACCCUCGAUGUCGCCGACAUUAUGGAGCGUUUGCGUUCCUCGUCCGUACAAAUAAGUAUGCCUCGUUUCAAGAUGAGAGCAAGUUACGGACUAGUGGGAACCAUGUCACAAUUGGGAAUCCGCAAAGUCUUCACGCGGCAGGCAGAUCUGGGUAACAUUGCCGAUAAGCCGCUAGUUGUUGACAGCAUCAUCCACAAGGUGUUUAUUGAGGUGACGGAAAAAGGUACUGAAGCUGCCGGAGCGGCAGCUGUCGUUGUCGGGAUUACAAGCCUGCCGCCUCCACCCAUUCAGUUCACUGCAGAUCGUCCCUUCUUUGCCAUGGUCUGGAACAAGAAACACAGGAUCAACAUGUUCUCCAUUUUCAUGACUUCACCGCAGACGUUUGGCUAACGUUAUGUGAGCUGAUCACGAGCGACUUUUGUUGCACCCGUUGGUAUUUUGUGAAUAGUUUAAGCAUGCUUUGGGUGCACUUCAUGUUGCACCUGCUUUCGUUAUGGUCGCGCACUGAAUAGGAGACCUAUUACCAUUCACGUUGUGACACCCAAGUGGAAGGUUGCAAAAAGUCCUCUGAUAUCACAGCCGUGCCGUAGCCUUUAGGUUUCAUUUGCCCGAGAAUACUGGUGCGAAUCUAGAAAAGGGUGUGCUCCAUUAAAAGACACGUCAGCCCAAUCUGAGUUUGUAAAAUUUGCACAGUAGUUUUCUAUCUUUAGAAGACGAUGUUAUGAUUGCUUGCUGUGUAUUUCAGAUUACUUCUAGUGCAUUUCAAGCAGAACUGUUUGAUGAAUCUUUUCGUCUUGCGAUGCACCACUGUUUGAUACAAUAUACCUUCCCCUCGUAUUUGCGUCCGUGAAAGUGUCUGAUUUGGAUGCGAUCUCCCUGCCGUGCCGCGAUCAAUGCUAACUUCGGCUCGACCGUCACCAACAACCAGGCCGCGUCCAUCUGACCAUGCGUCUACUGAGGGUGCGUCGUUCUUACCCUGCGUCUACUGGCACACAAAAUGACUGACCCCUCGCGUCAUUUGAUUGACUGUACGAAUGCCACUGAUGCCGUCAAUAUCAUGAAGCGUUUGCGUUCACUGUCUGGUCAGUUGAGCGCGACUCGGUUCAAGAUGAUAGCGAACUACGAACUGAAGAAACCACAUUCCAUUUGCAAAUUUUCAGACUUUUCACGUCGGUGGAAGAUCUGGUUGAAAUUGCCAGCGGGUUACAGACCGUCUACAGCAUCAUCCACAAGGUAAAUAUGCCGGUGAAAGGGUGAGGAGAAAUGAAUGGACGCUGCUGGAGCGGCAGUUAUCACCUUCGGGACCAGGAGCGUGCAGC